AUGCAGCUGCUCAAAGCGCUCUUCUUCAUUCUCUUUACAGCAAUACCGCUGCACGCCACACAUACACUUCUUCCUUCAUCAGCAAUGCACCCCAUCGAGCCUGCAGACCUCAACUGGCACCUAAAAGUAUACACACCUCCCGACGAAUACGAGAUUCAUCUUGUACCAGGCUACACCAUCUCCAACCACUUCGAAACAAUCGGCAAAGACUUGAGUCACCGAAUCCGCCGGCGCUGGGAAGACCCUGAGGAUGUUGACUUUGUGCACUUUCUGAUCUAUCUGCCCGAGAAAGAGAAUUUGGAUCUUGUUAGGAGGGAUCCAGGGGUCGAACUUGUGGUUGAAAGUGCGGAGUAUCAGGCGAUUAGUGAUCCUACUGUGGAGGAAGAUUAUCAUGGCAAGCAUGUUGAGUUGUAA